AUGGUCUCAGACGCGUUGGGUGAUCGUAGAGAGAUUGUGGAAGUCAAAGAAGUUCGUGCUCAGAAGGAGGGGAUGGAAAAGACGCGACUUCUGAACUUGACGACGCGUUUGGAUGUGGGCAAGAGUGAGGCUAGUACUAGCCUCAUGUCACGUGACUACUGUCAAUGCUUGUGUGUCAAAUCAAUUCACCCCCUUUGACUCUUUUAGUCCUAGGUGUUUGUUUGUGGUUGUUUGUAUUUUCUUGCAGUUACUUGAAACUGACAACUAGUGUUCUGAUAUUAAAUUUCACAAUAUUUCGUUGGC